AUUAUCCAGGAGGAGGACUAGCAGUCUCAAACAGAUUCCCUCUGUGCGGUAUUCUCAACGACUCCGAAAUAAGGAAAACCUGGAACUAAUCAGGGCUGAGGCCAAACAAGUCUCUCCACCUCAGCGUGUGACAAGAUCCCAGGCUGCGACAUCUGCUAAAAGCUCAGAGAUCCUUCCCGAGGCCCUUCCUGUCCAGCCAGCAGAAGGGAAGGUUCCCUUAGUAGAAAUUGAUGUCAGCAGUCGCGUUAGUGCUGAGCUGCACCUCCAGAAGAGCGCGUCUAAGCCAGCAGAGCAGCUCUCCUCAACCAUCCUCUUGAGCUCAGAGGAUGGUUCUCCAGAGAAAAGCCAGGUUGCCAAAUCGCCGCCUGUGCCGGCGACCCCUGAGCCGAUGGUGCCUCGUACCCCCGAGGCAAAGCAGGUUGCGUCUAAGCUGAAGACAGCAAAGGCAGCUAAUACCACAGUCAUUCUAAGCGAAGAGCCUGGGCUGGAGGAGGCAGAUGAUUCUGCUCAGGUACAAGAGGGGCCUGAUAAGGAGCCUUCCCAGCGCAUGAGGGAGAGCCCAGGGACUCCGACAGGCGCCAGGCUGAGCCGUCGCUCGGUGCGCAGAAGCCUGAUGGGUAAAACUUCCAUGACUCGCAGAACCUCCUUGGCAGAGAAAUACUCACUGGCCAGCAAGAGGGAAAGUAUGAUCCGGAAAUCGAUCACCAGGACGAUGGUCAAGAGGAAGACAGCUCACAAGUCAUCCGUGUCCUCCAGUCACAUGGAUGCCUCCAGCUCUGGAGAGAUGCCAGAAGGUGAAGAAACAGUUCUCAAAACUGGGCCUCUUCCUGAACCUUGUACCCCUUCCAAGAUGAAUCCCCAGAGUCCGCGAAUGUCGCUUCGCUCGCAAACAGUCAGCAGAAACGAAGAGCCCCAGGAGACGAGCAGCAACGAAAGCAACUUAAAUAAGAAUGUGGAGACCCAGGAACCACCCCAGAGUGCCAGGAGAAAGCCCAGUUACAAGAGAGCUGUGGAUGAUCGCUAUGACAGUCAGCAAGCAGCAGAUGGAGGGCUUUCUCCUCCGAGAAGGAAGACUCCAUCCCCCACCUUUCCAGCCAGCAAAGUUGUUCGUCCUUUUAAAACGUUUUUGCACACUGUGCAGAAGAACCAGCUCCUCAUGACACCAAGCUCUGUGGGGAGAAAUGGAGUCAUAAAAUCUUUUAUCAGAUACAACACUCCUCUCCAGUCUGAUCCCAAGGAAAAGGAGAGACAGAAGCUAGAGACUCUGAGGAAAAAGCAAGAAGCUGAGCAGCUGAGAAAACAAAAACUGGAGGAAGAAAAGAAACGGCGGCUAGAAGAGGCAAGGCUGAAGCGGGAGGAGCGCCUGCGCAAAGUGUUGCAAGCUCGGGAACGGGCAGAGCAGAUAGAGGAAGAGAGGAAAAGGCGUAUUGAGCAGAAGAUAGCUCUGUUUGAUGAGAAGACUGAGAAGGUGCGGGAAGAAAGGUUGGCAGAAGAGAAGAUAAAAAAGAAGGCAGCUGCCAGGAAAAUGGAAGAAGCAGAGGCCCGGCGCAGGCAUGAUGAAGAGGCCAGAAGACAAAAAGCACUGCAGCAGGAGGAGGAGGAACGUCGGCACAAAGAGCUAAUACAGAAGAGGAAAGAAGAGGAGCAGGAACGUGCCAGGAAGAUUGCGGAGCAGAGGCAGGCAGAACAGGAGAGAGAGAAACAGCUGGCUGCAGAGAGAGAGCUGGAGAGGAAGAAGGAGCAGGAGAGGAUCCAGGCAGAAAAGCUACGUGAGCAGCAGCAGAAGGCUGCUCACCUGCAGAAAGAAGUGUUGGCUGCUAAAGAGCUCUACAAGGAGACAGAAGAUAAAGAACAGGAAGAGCAGAGGCUAGCAGAGACGAAGAAGCAGGAGCAAGAAGAGGAGAAACUGCUAGAGGAGCAAAACACUAAAGAUGUAGCCCAAACACAGCACCUAGAAAAACAAGAGAAUUCACCUGCCUGCAGUUCAUACCAGAUGACUCCACAGGGCCCGAAAGAGCCAAAGGUCCCCACGAUAAAUCCAAACAACUAUGGCUUGGAUCUGAACAGCGAUGACUCUACUGAUGACGAAAGCCAACCUCGCAAGCCCAUCCCUGCUCGGGCCACUGGGAAUCAGCUUAGCCAAGCUGUAAUCCACCAGUACUACAACCCUCCCAACACUGACGCGCUCUUUGGGGUGAUCGCGAGCCCCAAGCUGGAGGACAUCUUUUACAAAAGCAAACCGCGCUACUUCAAGCGCACGAGCUCUGCGGUGUGGAGCUCCCCGCCCUUCCCAGCUGCCAAAUCGGGUCUGGCUCUGCCCUGCAGCCUUAAGAAGUACUGA